UUCAUCAACAGCCGCCAUGUUUGUUGGUUGUGAACGGAUGAAUUUGGGAAAAUUUUGUGUUUUAGUUCUUAUCUAAAAUUAACAUUUGAUAAAAGGCACCGGUAAGGUUGUUCCUUUAGUGUUUGUCUAAAGUUUUAAAUGGUUAAAAGGUGACUUUUGUGGUUUUAAAAUAAAAUAAUUGUGAUUCAUCGAAAUUGUCACUGCCGCGGCGCUUUGUGGCAUCGGCUGGUGAUUGGAUCGGAGGUCGACGUGAAGUCGGCGGUGUCCGUCAUCAUGUUGCAAAAAUAAAUUUCUUACUUCUUCAUUGAUUGCAUAUAUUGUAAUUAUGGUUGACAGUGUUUAUUUGGACUUUAUUUCGACCAAACGUGUAACUCAAUAAUGCUAUGGGUGAAACGAUAUUAUACGGUUAUUGAAAUCUUUUUAGUGCUGUGUUGAUGUAAACAUGGCCGACGACCAAAAUGGCCCUCCGGCCAACAAGAAACCCAGAAUAGGAUCGCCUUCACUCAACACCCCAAGUGAUAACAAUGAAUUCAAUUUCAAUCUCAACUUCAACAGUCUAGUCAACGAACUUCCAGAUGACCUCGAUGUACUACAGGGAACAUCAAAUGAUGUUCAACAAUCUCAAAGUAGCCAAGACACAGGCAUGGGGGGCUCUCUGUCUCAGCUGCUAUCGAGAUCAACUCCCAAUUCCCAGGCCUCCAUGGCAAUGUCACUCAACAGUGUUGGAGGUGUUCAGGCGAACAGGGGGCCUGGAAUGGGUGGGAUGAUGAAUAUGGGAAUGAGCAAAAAUUCUAUGACUAAUAAUUUAGUCCCUACCUUGGCUAAUGCUAACAAAGUUGCCACUUCAUCACAUAUAGGAAUGAAUGAUCUGGUCAGCAGUGCAUCGUUUACUAUUGGUACCAAUGCUGUUAUGAUGGGUGGUGUAACUAACACUAUGAGUAUGAAACCAAUGGGAACACAACAGAUGAUUGGUAGUGUUGGUAGUUUAAACAUGGGUCAGCAAAUGCAAAAUCAAAUGAUGAAUGGACCUUCCAGUUUUUCAUCGAACAUGGGACAAAUGCGAAACAUGCCAAGUAAUGUUAAUCCCUCAGCAUCUAUACCAAUGUCACAAACAGGAAUGAUGUCAAAUCCAGGAAUGCAAACCAUGCAAGGACACCAGGGUCUUCCUGGUCAUCCAAACAUGAAUAUGGCUCAGAAUCCAGGACAGAUGGUUAGGCCUGGUCAACCUACUGGAAGCGGAACAGCAGGUCCCCGACAGACAUCUGCUGAUCCUGAUAAAAGUAAACUUAUUCAACAACAGUUGGUUCUUUUGUUGCAUGCUCAUAAAUGUCAAAGACGUGAGCAGGCAAAUGGGGAUCAAGAUUGCAAGUUACCUUAUUGUCGCACAAUGAAAAAUGUACUCAAUCAUAUGACUACUUGUAAUAAAGGAAAAUCCUGUGAAGUUGCUCAUUGUGCGUCUUCUCGGCAAAUAAUUACUCACUGGAAAAACUGCACUCGUGCGGAUUGUCCUGUAUGCUUACCGCUAAAGAUUGCAGAUAAGCGUAACACUUCUGGUCAAAAUGUUAAUCAAAAUUCACCAAUGACUGCACCCAAUUCUCAACCGUCUGGUGUUACUGAUCAGGCAACAAUGAAACGAGCUUUUGAAUCAUUAGGUCUUCAGUAUAAUCAACCAACAACUCAUAAUGCUCUCACUCAUCCACAUCAACAAAUGAAUACCAUGCCCAAUGAUGGCCAAAUGAACAAACCUACUUUGCCAAAUCAGCAAGUGCCAAAAGUUCUCCCAAAUCAAACCCAGAGUAGUCAUAUGGGUAACCUGCUAAGUAACAUGCCAGUUCCUCAGGUACCUCAACCAAUACAGCCCCAGAGUGGAAGUCAGUUGGCAACUUCUACUGCUCAGGCUGCUGCCAUGGGAAAUGCACCUGAUAUUGUCAAGUCAAUACCUCCUAGUAAUAGAAAAGAUUGGCAUGCACAAGUCACACAAGAUCUAAGAAAUCAUUUGGUUCAUAAAUUGGUGCAAGCCAUCUUUCCAACACCAGAUCCAGCUGCAUUAAGAGACAGCAGAAUGAAAAAUCUUGUUGCUUAUGCAAGGAAAGUAGAAGGUGAUAUGUAUGAAACUGCAAAUAAUAGGGGGGAAUAUUACCAUCUUUUGGCUGAGAAAAUAUACAAGAUUCAGAAAGAGCUAGAAGAAAAGAGGAUCCAGAGAAUGCGAGGAGUACAGAAUGCCCCAAAUGCUGCUGUUCCUGGUAUGCCAGGACAAAUUAGACCUGGUCUACAAAAUGGUCCCAACAACUCUCAGCUUACAAAUAGCUUAUUUAAUGAUAUGAAUAGUAUGCAACAACCUCAACCACCAAACCAAGGAAUGCCAAUGCAAAUGAAGUGGAACCAGAAUAUGCGAUCUACACCACCUCCACUUGGCCAGAAUCCAGGUGUAACCACCUCAAUUCCAAUGACACAGAAUGCUGCAUUAGCUGAAUCCCAGCAGCAAUUUGAUGCGCUGGUCAAAAGUCGUCAACCUCAAAAUACAAAUAGACUUUUAAUAGCUGGUCCGCCUCCAGUGUCAUCCACACACCCAUCACCUCAACAGUUAUUACACCAGCAGCUCAACUCACAGCAAGUUGUCCAGUCUCAGCAAUCCAUUGUUCAAAAUCACAUGAACACAUCCUUGGCUGAUAAUAUAAUGGGUGGAAACCAGCGGCUAGGUAAUGUUCCAUCUACUGUGGGCAGUGCUUUAGACAGUAUUGGAACAAAUAAUGUACAUGUUACAAGCUCGCAACAGAAUCUUCUUGCACAGUUAGCAGGACCUGUUGCUUCCACGAACAUGAACCAGUCACAACAUAUUUCCAUAGCUCGGCCACCUCAACAAAAUGGCCAAGUGUCAUCAAAAGAUAUAAAUAAUGAUCGUUCACAACUAACAGAUGAUAUUAACAAACCCGAUUCUGUGGUGAAAGAUUCCAAUUUAUCAGAAAACAAUCACAAUCUUUCUAGUCUGUUAUCAGCUGCAUCUCCUUCAACCAUGUCCCUAACUAUAACUCCACCAAUUUUACCACAAAUCACUUCCUCGGCAACUGUGUCUUCCAUGCUUAAUUCAACAACGCCAAAGACCGAAGUAAAAACUGAACCUUCAGCAGAUAUUAAAUCAGAAAAUGACAUUAAAGAAGAAAAAAUGGAGGUUAAGUCUGAAGCUGAUUGCAAACCAGACAUUCAGUCAGUGAAAGAUGAAAAUGAUACAUCCAGUCCUAAGUUGGAUAAUAUGGAUGAAAAUUCACAAGCAAGUGAAGACAAACCUCUCUCUGUUGGAGAUUCAUCAAACAAUACAUCUGCAGGAACUCCUAAACCAAGAUGCAAAAAAGUAUUUAACCCUGAUGAGUUGCGACAAGCUCUAAUGCCAACCUUGGAAAAAUUAGUCAAGCAAGACCCAGAAUCUCUACCUUUUAGGCAGCCUGUUGAUCCAGUUAUUCUACAUAUUCCAGACUACUUUGAAAUUGUUAAAAAACCUAUGGAUUUAUCAACCAUCAGAAGAAAGUUAGAUUCAGGGAUGUAUAAAGACCCAUGGGAAUAUGUUGAUGAUGUAUGGCUCAUGUUUGAUAAUGCAUGGCUUUAUAACAGAAAAACGUCAAGGGUCUACAAAUAUGCAUCCAAGUUGUCUGAAGUGUUCGAAGCUGAAAUAGAUAGUGUAAUGCAGUCAUUAGGCUAUUGUUGUGGCCGUAAAUAUGUAUUCUGUCCACAAGUGUUAUGUUGCUAUGGCAAGCAGCUUUGUACAAUCCCCAGAGACUCAAUGUACUAUAGUUACCAAAAUAGAUAUGUCUACUGUGAAAAAUGUUUCAAUGAAAUCCAAACAGAGGAGGUGGAAUUAACUGAAGAUCCAUCCCAACCAGCAGCAACUGAUGGAGACACGCUAACAAACUUCUUAAAAAUGACGUGUCAGAGCACCAACAAAGAAAGGAAAAUGCGAAAAGACGUUUUUUCUCUUUACAGGAAAAUCCGUAAGGACCAAUUUGAGAAAGUGAAAAAUGACCAGUUAGACUAUGAGCCAUUUGUUGACUGUUUGGAGUGUGGUAGGAGGUGGCACCAGAUAUGUGCAUUAUGGUUUGAAUCAAUAUGGCGAGAAGGAUGGACGUGUGAUGCGUGUCACAAAGCUAAAGGAACUAAACGUAAAGAAAAUAAAUUUACUGCAAAAAAAUUGCCAACUACAAAAUUGGGUACAUAUCUUGAGAAUAGGAUUAACAACUUUUUAAGGAAAAAGGACACUCAAGCUGGAGAAGUAACUAUUCGUGUUCUUUCAAGUUAUGACAAAGUAACAGAAGUGAAGCCAUUAAUGAAAAAGAGGUUUGGGGAUGAAAUUCCAGAAUCAUAUCCAUAUCGCGCCAAAGCUAUGUUCGCUUUUGAAGAAAUUGAUGGAGUAGAUGUAUGUUUCUUUGGAAUGCAUGUACAAGAAUAUGGAUCAUCAUGUCCUAUGCCAAAUACCAGACGAGUUUACAUCUCUUACCUGGAUAGUGUUCAUUUCUUCCGGCCACGACACCUUAGAACAGCUGUUUAUCAUGAACUGUUGAUUGGUUACCUUGACUAUGCUAAACAAUUAGGAUAUACAACAGCACAUAUUUGGGCUUGUCCACCCAGUGAAGGAGAUGAUUACAUUUUUCAUUGUCACCCUCCAGAGCAAAAAAUACCAAAGCCUAAAAGAUUGCAAGACUGGUAUAAGAAAAUGUUGGAUAAGGCAAUCAUUGAUCGUGUUGUUGUUGAUUACAAGGACAUCUUUAAAGAUGCCAUUGAUAGCGGUUUAAGCACAGCUAAAGAUAUGGCUUACUUUGAAGGAGACUUUUGGCCAAAUGUAAUUGAAGAUAGUAUAAAAGAACUGGAUCAAGAAGAAGAAGAGAAAAGAAAGAGAGAAGAAGCAGAGGCAGCUGAAGCAGAAGCUCAAGAAGCUCAAGUUGAAGAGACGAAUGAUAUGUGUCAAACAAAUAUACAGGAUGUCUCUGGAAAAAAGAAAGGCGAAAAGAAAGGCCAAAGAAGCAAAAAAGCAAACAAGAGUAAGGGUGGAGCUAGGAAAAACAAUCGUAAAACAAAUCUACCACAGGGUACAAAUGAUUUGACAGCUAAGCUCUACAACCAUAUGGAGAAACAUAAAGAGGUAUUUUUUGUGAUUCGCUUGCACAACCAGCAAAUAGCUGCUUCACUACCACCAAUCACAGAGCCAGAUCCAGCUAUGAGUUGUGAUUUGAUGGACGGUCGUGAUGCUUUUCUUACCACUGCAAGAGAAAAGCAUUAUGAAUUUUCCUCCCUAAGAAGAGCUAAACUCUCAUCUGUAGCUCUUUUGUACGAGUUACACAAUCAAGGAAAAGAUGCUUUUGUCUAUACUUGUAACAGUUGUAAAGCAGCUGUUGAGACUCGCUACCACUGUAAUACUUGUGAUGAUUUUGAUCUUUGUAUUCCCUGCUACAAGAAAGAAAGCCAUAAUCAUGAAAUGACAAAACUUGGUUUGGGACUUGAUGAAAUCGCAAGUACAGAUAAAGAAGAAAAUCCCCAAGAAUCUCGUAGAAAAUCAAUCCAGCGGUGCAUCACUUCUUUGGUGCAUGCCUGUCAGUGCAAGAAUGCAAAUUGCCGUAUCAAUUCUUGUAUCAAAAUGAAACGUGUUGUUUCCCAUACUAUGAGUUGCAGACGCAAAACAAACAAUGGUUGUCCAAUUUGUAAGCAGCUGAUAGCUCUGUGCUGUUAUCAUGCCAAACACUGUACUGAAGCCAAGUGUCCUGUGCCAUUCUGUCCACAACUCAAGCACAAACUACGCCAGAAACAACUUCUCACUAAUCUUCACCAGGCACAAAUGCUUAGGCGAAGAGUUGCUAUAAUGACAGGAAAUACAAAUACCAGCUCUAGCAAUGGACCACCCAGUGUGCUACCGCAAGAUACUUCACCCCAACCAUCUGCAUCAACAUCCUACCCUGGAGGAAGUGUUGGAAAAGCACCUGGCGGCCCUCCAAGAGCUGCCAUAAUUGCUGCCCAAGAAGCUCAAGUUCAAGCAGAAGCACAGAGGCAAAGUUCUGCUGUAACCGGAAUAAGUUCUAUUGGUAAACCUUCCAUGCAACAGCCUGUAAGACCCCAACCUCCUCCAAUUGUGCCUAAUGUAGGUGGCAAACCAAUCAGUGUUGCUCAGAGACAGGCAUGGCCUCCACCUUACCAGCAACCACAGGUGAGGCCAGGUCUAAAUCCUGGUGUUAGACCUACUGGCAUGCCUCUUCCACAGCCACAGCUGCCACCUCAACAAGCUGCUGUUCCGACCAUGGUACCCAGUGGAGCUAACGCAGCACCCGGCCCAGCUGGUGCAGGGGUUGGUGGAUCUAUUACACCAGCUGUUCAUAACAUGUUACAAGCUUUUAAGAACCAAAACUUUUCCCAAGCUGAAUGGGUGGCAGUAUUAAAAAAGAAUCCUCAACUGAUGGCCCAAGUCCUUAAACUCAAAAACCAAAAAGUUCAACAACAACAACAGCAGCAGCAGCAACAACAACAGCAGCAGCAGCAGCAACAACAAACCCAACAAAUGCAUGGUAUGCCUAACAUGGGUCAACCUAUGCCACAACAAGUUACUGGCCAGAUGCAACAACAGCAGCAGCAAAUGCGCACUCAAAUGAAUCUAAUGCAACAACAGCAGUAUCGUCAUCAACUACAACAACAACAACAGCAACAAACAUCUCAAAUUAAUCAGUUUGCUCAGCCUCAGCAACCAUUUGUUCAACGACCUAGAAUGAGCUUCCAACAAUCAUUUCAAAAUGACACAGGACACAUGCAUCAGUUCCAGCAACAACACAUGAUGCAUCACCAAGCCCAACUGAAGCAGCAGAUGGCUGGUGGGCAACCCAUGAGUCCUCAGUACAUGCUGUCUCAGCAAGCAAAUCCUUCACCCCAACAAAUGCUCCAGCAAGUACGCUCCCCUCCUGCCAGUGCUGCUGGUCUCCCACAAACAGUUCUUUCCUCUCCUCAGUCAUCAGCUUCUGCCUCCCCAAGGUUACCCAACUCUUCUCCUCGCCCUCAUCAUCAGUCCCCUCAUCACAAUAUGGUCAAUAACCAGUCACCUCUUCAUGGAAUGGGUGUUGGGCAGGAUACCUCACAAAUGACCAAUGAUCAUGUUAUGCUUUCUUCUUUACAAACUCAUAAUUCCAUGUCACAGAUGACAAGUUCAGAUGUGAAUAUGGGGCAACAAGACAAUGAGGUGGCACCACUUACACCUCAGGACCAAUUAGCUCAUUAUGUGAACCAAAUUUAGUGCUUUUUCUCCCUUAUUUUAGUGUGAAUAUCCAUCAGUUAACUUAUCAAAAGAACAUUUUUGUAUUUGUUUCAUGUACAAAAAAAUGAUCUUUUCUUUGAACAAAUGUGAUCGAUGUUGUUUCCAUUCAGAGUUGUUUUAUAUUUUUUACAAAAAAAUCAUCAAUUAUGUAUUUGUUGGCUGACAUUAGUGUUGCUGUAAAUUUUAUGAGAUCAGAAAGUUUAAAAAAAAACCAACUUGAUUUGAAAUUUAAAACCAUUUUGUUUGUAAAUACAUAAAUUUCUAUGUACAGUUAUGACUUAGAAACAUACCAUUAUUACAUAUGCUAAUUUAUGCCCUCCUUUUUUUUAAAAACUUCAUUUUACUUUUUUUGUCAUAAAAACAUUGCUAACAGCUAUUUGAAACAGAUCUUACCAAAUAUUGUAAACUUUACAGAGAUGGGUUUUUCUGUGAUUAUUCAUACGGAGUAUAAAAACAUUGUUUGAUGCAGUAAUUGUUAGCCCUCGGCUGGCCUGAGCUUGAACGUUUGCAUGGCUACAGGUGGCACUUACAUAAUAUCUGGUGAAGUUCCUUCAUAAGUGUUUCAAAAUGUAUUUAAAAACAUUGUACAUUUUUGUAUAAUUCUAGAACUACAGAAGUAUUUCUUCAGAUUUCUACACACUGCCAUUAAAUUUUUAUCACUUCAGUUUGCUACACUAUUUUACUUUUCAAUGUAAAAUGAAAUAAACCAGUGAUUGGUUAGAAAAUAGAUUUCUUUUAUAGUUUGUAAAUAUGGGUGUAAAAAAGUGUUUGAAACUUGCUGGACACAGUAUUCUAAACAGUGUUCACUUUGCAAGCUUCCUCAUUACUUAAUAACUUGUCAUAGUAUAAAUUUCCACUCAGGCAUCAAAUAUAUACAUUUUUGACAAACUGGAUUGUUGUGAUGUUAAAUUAUAGUUUUACUCCCCCAUUCAACUGUAAUUUAGACAAAGCAACACUGGUAUAGACAGCAAUGACCACAAUAUGGAGGUAAUUGUAUUUGUAUAUGAAGAAAGGAGCCAUUUUGACAUAACUAUUUUCUAUGCAAAAUCUAUUUCCUAACAUUGGUAAAAUGUGAGUACAAAAUGCUUGUACAAUAAUGAUCUCUUUGUAAAUUAUUUUCAAAUUUCCUAGUAUUUGUUGACUUGGUAAUUUUAAACACGUAAUGCUUCAUUUUAAUUUCUAUAUUUACAAGGUAUUUUUUAAAAUUCAGUUUUUUAGGUACAUGUGAAGAUUUUCAUAACUUGCUUCUAAUAAUUAGCUUACUCCAUUCAGAAGCUGACUGAAAUGUGGUAACAUAACUUUGUAGUUGAAACUUGUGCUGGGCUGUCUAAACAUAUCAAAUAUUCAGAGCAAAAGCUAGAAGCAAGCUGUUCAAAUUUUUAACUAAUUAUUUUCAAUACAACGAUUAUUUUUUUCAAAAAUAAUUACAACAGCAAAAUAUCCUUUAAACAUGUCUCUAAUCGAGGUUUAGUUCCUGGUUCAUCAUCUUUUGUAUGUGUACUGGAAUAUUCCAUAUUUUUAACUGAAGGAGAUUUUGUCAGAAAAAUGAAUUAACAACUUCAAAAACUUGAGUUUGCUGUUCGUAAUCUUAACACCUAUAUUUAAAAUGCAGCAAUGUUUCGUGCCUUACUCUGCUUAGAAGUUAAACAAACUUAAGAUGGUUGUAGAAAAAAAAUGAGUUUUUUUUUGGUUUUCUUUUUUCAAUCUGCUCAUAGUUUCUUCCAAACUUAAAUAGUUAAUCACACUACUUUUGUAGUGUAGUAGCGUAAUUACUUAAACGUGUAGCCAUUGCCCACCAAACAUAACUUAUUCUGUUGUAAUCACUGUGAGUUGUGAAUGUAUGCUCUUUUGUAAUCUUCAUUUUUGUUAACCAUUGAAUCUUGAUUAGGCGACUAGUCAUUGUUUAGACAGUUUUGUCUCUUCAGUUUGUUCCUUUUGUUGUUAGAAAGUUUAACUUUUUGCAUCAGUUAUUACAAGCAAGCUGGAUCUGCUUCAGUUUAUACCUGUUGAAGGCAUGUGCAAUGAUAAUUUGAUUUUAAGCAUAAUACACUCUGCUCUUUUCAAUAUAUCAUUUCCAGCAAAACAGUCUGCAUUCUAUCUUUCAGUGAGAUCACUGUAGUCCAACAGUAAAUACAUCUGUACAUAGUGACAUUUCUUGUUUCCUCCUGCCAGCCGAGGGAGGGAGAGAAUUGUUUGUUUUUGUGAAUGAAUGACACCAUGUAGUAUUUAUUACUGCUAGCUCCAUAAUUCAUUUUAUCAAUGUGUGACUUUGGUGUCAAAAGUGUAAAGAAUGUUCAUAAUUUUUUAUACCAAUAAAACAGCAUUUUUCAAACUAGGCUGGGUGGUUUGUAAAGUGUGAAAGUGGAACUGUACAGAUUGUGUGAAAGUUUUUUUUGUAUGCUUGUUGACGACUGCCUGGCAAUGAUUCAUAUUCUUACUGCGAUACCAGAGUUGAUUCUUUAUUUCAUUUAUGCUGUAUAUAAUAAACCUUGUCAGAACAUUUUCUC